CAACCACACAGAUCUCUCCAGCUAAGACAGUUGAGAAAACACAGCUGCGAACAGUAAUAGUGAUGUGGAAGGUCUGCCUGCUCCUCUGCCUUUUGCUUGAUACAGGAGGAGCAUGGUACUGCCAUGUGCAUCGUUAUUGUCCCCACCAUUGGACUCUAUAUGGACAUCGGUGUUACCGUUUUUUUACUUCCAGACUUACAUGGUAUGAAGCUGAGUGUGAAUGUGUGAACAAUGGUGGCAGCCUGGCUUCAGUACACUCUGUUGCAGAAUACAAGUUUUUACAAAUUCUUGUCAAAAGAGUGGCUGGCUUUCUAGAUUUAGCCUGGCUAGGUGGCUAUGAUGCUGUGUCUGAAGGACAUUGGCUCUGGAGUGAUGGAUCCAAAGUUAACUUCAACUAUUGGGCCUCUAAUCAGCCUGAUAACUAUAUGGGAAUGGAAGACUGCCUUGAAAUGAAUGCCGGAGUUGAGCUAAAAUUGAAUGAUGAUGUUUGUUCCUCAAGAAGAACAUUUGUGUGUGUCAAGUGAAGAAGCAAAGGGAAAUUUCUUGCAUAGAAGACACCAAUCUGCCAGGUUUCUUAAAUAAAACACUCUGAACUAUAAUAAUGCAGAGAAAAAAAUGCAACUGUGUUCUGUGCUACAUGAAAGACAAUAAAAUUGAGCAAGCUA